AUGGAGAACUACCAGAAGAUGGAGAAGAUUGGAGAGGGGACCUAUGGGGUCGUUUACAAGGCGCGCGAUCUGUCGACCAAGGACCAGCGCAUCGUGGCACUCAAGAAGAUCCGUCUUGAAGCUGAGGACGAAGGCGUACCGUCGACCGCCAUCCGCGAGAUCUCCCUGCUGAAGGAGAUGAACGACGCCAACAUCGUCCGCCUCCUCAACAUCGUACAUGCCGAUGGCCACAAGCUCUACUUAGUCUUUGAGUACCUCGAUGUCGACCUCAAGAAAUACAUGGAGGCGCUCCCUGCCACCCAAGGCGGCCGUGGCAAGUCGCUGCCGGAAGGCUCUACACUGAAUGUCACUAUGGGUCCAGACAUUGUCAAGAAGUUCAUGACACAGCUGUGCCAGGGCAUCCGGUACUGCCAUGCCCACCGUGUGUUGCACCGCGACCUGAAGCCCCAGAACCUGUUGAUCGAUAAAGAUUGCAACCUCAAGCUGGCAGACUUCGGCCUAGCGCGCGCUUUUGGCGUGCCCCUCCGCACUUACACGCACGAAGUGGUGACCCUGUGGUAUCGUGCGCCAGAGAUUCUACUUGGUGGUCGUCAGUACUCCACUGGUGUCGAUAUGUGGUCUGUUGGCUGCAUCUUUGCUGAGAUGUGCACGCGCAAGCCCCUGUUCCCUGGCGACUCCGAGAUUGACGAAAUCUUCAAGAUCUUCCGCGUUCUCGGUACUCCCACUGAGAUCGACUGGCCUGGCGUUACCUCGUUCCCUGACUACAAAUCCUCGUUCCCCAAGUGGAACAAGCAGGACAUCGCCACAACAGUCACGACUCUGGACGAUUACGGCCUUGACCUGCUAGACGCUCUGCUUGUCUAUGAUCCUGCUGGUCGAAUUUCGGCGAAGCAAGCGGUCAUUCAUCCUUACUUCACGGGCACCUUAAAUGGCUACGGAAACGGCUACCAUUAG